AUGACCUAUGUUGCUCGCGUUCCCAAGCUUGACCUACCCGCCAUCUUGUCUCAGCAGAACCCGCAGAUUGACCUCAGACUCGACGCAUACGAGACGUCUACCCGCAACUUCCUCAAAGCGGUCUCCAACUAUGCACAACGGGCACACACCGAGAUCACAAACCGCAAGAACGCCCACACCACAGAACGGAAGAAGACUGGGGAGAAGAUGCAGCAGAUAGAGACAGAGACGAACCAGUGCAAGGCCAAGGAGAUCGAGCUGAUUGCAGUCUUGGACAGGGAGCAGGAGGAGAAGAAAGAGGCUGAAACGUCGGUUGCCGCUUUUAGACGUCAGCUUGCGUCAGUCAAGGAGAAAUGCGCUUCUUUUGAUAUGGAAAUUGAGCAGCUCCGCACGGUAACUGCCAAUUUGCGUCGAGAGCGAAACAGGGAGCGAUCACUCCUUAACAAUCAUGCUUCUCGCGUAGCGCCAGAACUCGUGGAUUGCGAGAGCAGGCUACAGUGCCUGGUCGAAGGCAUAGACGAAGACAAACUGCUUAUUCGUUUCACACAUCUGGAUCCCUCAGAUCUCAAUCGAGAAUUCAGCUUAGUUCUUGACAUUUCAAAUCGCUCAUACAAAGUCCCGACAACAACGCCGUUUCUUCCCACAUUGCCAAUACUGCUCGACGCGCUAAAUGACUCGCGGGACGUAUAUGAUUUCAUCAGGCAGGUUAGGCAAGCUUUCUGUGAUUUGGUUGUGCAGGGCAGAUGA